UGCAUCCGGAGUUCGACUCAUCUCUGCUUUGGGGGGGGGGAUAAGAAAAACUGUGAAUCAAACGUCACAAGACGAGGCUCUAGCUCACAUGGAAGCUAGGAGACGUUGCCAUGGAUGCUGGCGCGUUCCGGUGACAACGGAAAGGUGGCACUUCUAAGUCUUAAAGCGAGCGCGCGUGAGAGCUACAGCCACAACCGACGGACGGACAGACAGUCAGACAGACAGAGCAAGUGUGGAGAAACUCACACUCUGACGUACCUCUACACGGGGCUGUCGGAGGGCACGUCACUGCCAUCCGGCAGUGAUGGCUCGCACUACUUCACGGCCAUGGGCGUGCUGGACAGUCACGUGAUCGACUACUACGACAGCAGCACCAUGAAGAAGGUCCCCAAGCAGCCUUGGAUGGCCGAGAAGUUGGACUCCGCCUACUGGGAGCAGGGCACCCAGUCCAGGAAGAGCAAACAGCAGUGGUUCAAGGUCAACGUGGACAUCUUGCUUAAUCGCAUGGGACACAACCGCACAGAUGUGCAUGUCCUCCAGUGGUUGCACGGUUGCCGGGGCAACCUGGAUCCCAACGGCAUAUUAACUUUCGGUGGCGGCGUGGACACAUACAGCUACGAUGGCCUGGACUUCCUGUCCUUCGACUACGAGCGUGCCAAGUGGGUGGCCACGGCCCCCAUGGCGGUGGAGACCAAAAGGAAGUGGGACGACGUGCGUCUCCUCAAGGUCUACACACGGGCCUACCUGGACAAGGAGUGCAUCAGCUGGAUGGAUCGCUUCCUGCAGUACCAGCGCAACCAAACGGAGGCCGCGCCGCCGCCCUCCCUCGAACUCUUUGCCAGGCCGACGCGUGCAGCCAGUACGUUGCUGCUGACCUGCCUGGCCAGCGGCUUCCCGCGCAAGGACGUCAUCCUGGAGAUCCGGCGUAACGGCCGCAAGCUCACCCGAGAGGACGGCUUGGCAUCGCUGGGCGUGCGACCCAACGGAGACGGCAGCUUUCAGAGGCGAGACAGCGUGGAAGUCCUUCAGAGCGACACCGCCAAAUUCACCUGCGUCCUCCGACAUCCGGCGUCUGGACUUCAUGACGAAAAGCUUUGGGAUGGCAAGAUUUUGGGCGAACCUGUGGCUGAUGUGAAAAUCGCCAUCGGCGUCGGGUUGGUGAUUCCGCUCGUCAUCUUGGUCGCCAUCAUGGGAUGGGUCUUGUACAGGAAGUUCAGAGGCGGUGCUGCCCACAAGGUUUCGCCCGUGGAAGAGGAUUGUCAGCGCAAAACGAGCGAACGCCUUCAACCUCUUUUAUGACACCACGAUCUUCUCAUCCGCUCAUGCAGGGCUGGCACAAUGCUUUUCCUUUCAAAUGGUUGAAUCUUACGCUGCUGGUUUUUACCUGAUUUUAUGGCUCAAGAAAAGUUGGGACAAAUAACAA